ACAAUAGUAUUGAGAACCCUCCCAGAACACAGUAGUUAUAGUGGAAAAUGUGCUGUCCUUUAUUUCGGCUCAGUGUCAUAGAAGACUGAAGCUUCUAGAUUGGCCCAACUAAUGUCUACAGCAAAACAGGGGAGCUAGAACUGUCGACAAUAGAGGAUUCUCAACGGUUGGAGAAGUGACAGCGGAUGUGAAAACUGCGAGGUUGUAAGGUCCAGCAGUAGCAGCCAGCCGGGGCUAGCCAAGCGUUUCCUGGCUUUGAUGCGACUCGAUUGUGCCUGGAGUAUGUCCACAGCGGGCCUGACUGCCCAGGAGAUCUGUUUACCCACAGACAGCCCCUUCCUGCGGGCUAGUCACUGUCUCAGCAUGGCUGGAGCCAAGCCCUCAUGGAGCCACCACCAUGAGCUGGACAAUUUGUACUUCAGUAUGGAUGCAGCACCCACGGAAUACAACUUUCAAUUUCAGCAGCAGGUGCCACCAUCGCUGAAUUCUGAGAGACAGAAACAUAGCCCUGGUGCACAGCGGUUACCCUCAAAGAAGUCCCGUCCCACUCAUCUGUCCCUGUCAUCCAGCGCUGAGCCCUCCACCCCGAGCCCUGUUGAGGAUGACCAGGUGGUCCCGUCCUUCCAGAGGUUGUCUGUGUACGAACGCUGCAGUCCCCCACACACACCUAGCCGGGGGGCCAAGCCCCUGCCCCCUCUCCCUGGGCGGGGAGACCUUUCCCCUGACCAGGCCAUGGACAAUGAGGUGGAGUUCUUCACCAGUUCAGAUGACAGCCGUUGCUUGGUUCCUGAGCAGUGUCCCCCUAAACCCUCUGCCUCCCGCUACGGAGCCCCCAGCCGCAGGAGCUUCAGGCACUGUGGACAGAUUAACUAUGCCUACUUUGAGGGGCCAGUGGGGCAACAGAGAACACAGGAACGGCAGGAGCAGCAGCGGAUACAGGAGCAGCAGCGGAUACAGGAGCAGCAGCGGAUACAGGAGCAGCAGCGACAGGAGCAGCAGCGGAUACAGGCGCAGCAGCGACAACAGGAGCAACAACAAAGAUUGGAGCAGGUAGAGCAACAGCCAUUGGAGCAACCACUGUAUCCCAGACAGCAGGAUCGAGCCCAGAGGAAGCUGCGGCGCUCUCAUUCCGGCCCUGCUGGCUCCUUCAACAAGCCCACGUCGCUGCGCAUGCCCUGUCACCACCGCCACACUCAGGGCAUGGACAAACCAGAGGUGCCCCCCCGCGUGCCCAUCCCCCCACGGCCCAUCAAGACUGCAGACUACCGCCGCUGGUCAGCCGAGGUGUCCUCUGGGGCCUACAGUGAUGAGGACAAGCCCCCGAAGGUUCCCCCAAGGGACCCUUUGUUGUCUCAAGGCAGCUCCCGUACCCCAAGCCCCAAGAGCCUCCCCUCAUACCUCAAUGGUGUUAUGCCUCCCACGCAGAGCUUUGCCCCAGACCCUAAGUACGUGAGGCGAGGUUUACAGAGGCAGAACAGCGAGGGGUCUCCCUGCAUCCUGCCGGUCAUGGAGAACGGCAUGAAGGCCAGCACCACACACUACUUCCUGCUUCCACAGAGGCCUGCCUACCUAGACAAACCUUACUUGGAGAAGUUCAUCCGGGAUAUGGACUGCCCGGCAGGUCGCAGUAGAGGGGCUUCAGACCCAGAGUGGGAUUGUCAGACCAGGAGGAAAGCACAGGUGGAUUUAGUUUGAGCUGGAGGAGACAUGUUAGGGAAGGCCUUCACUGGACACGAGCAAACCUCUGGGCACAAAGUGCCUCAGGACACUGAAGCCUUCAAACGUUUACUGCUGCUUUGACACUGACGACGUUGGUAGUUUUACCUCAGUAUUCUAAAAACAUAGGGGUUUUGAUAUACCAUUUAGAGUUACUGGGACAUUUGGAAUUGCAAUCAAAACACAUGAGCUAAAUGUUGUCUAACUAUUGUGUGUGUGUUUUGGGGGUGAUAUUUAACCAUUUUAGAGUGAUUAUUUUUUUAUAUGAUUUGUCAGUACAUUAUGUAAAUGUUUUGCUGAUAGUGGUUCAGCUUUAGGGUAUAAGCAGGACUUGUGCCUCCAUGUUCUCAGUGUUGUGUGUCUCACAGGUAGAGGACAUUUUUGUGAGUUGUAUAUUGUGUUUUGAUAUUGCUUAUGUGUCUCAACUUAGGGACAAAGGGUCAGUAAAGCAAUUAUUAUCUUGUGUUGCAUCUAUGAAGUCUAAAGAUCCCAAUGUAUUUAAACACUUUUAAAUGAAGGAUUCCCCACCCUAACUCCUAUUUUGUAUAAGCAUGAAAAUAGGAAUGCACAUGUCCUGCCUUGUUGAUAUUUCAGUCUUACUCAGACCACUAUGUUUAUGGAUGACUGUGUUUCCCUCACUGGAUGUACAACUCUGUACCAGUGGGUGCUGUGGAAUAUUGGUAUGCAUGUAUCCAGUGGGAUGUCUAGGGCAGCUUAUACUUUGUUACGUGUGUGUACGUGGUGCAAGUGUGUUUGUUUUCUCUGCUGUUUUUGUGUGACUUUUCUACCAUAUUGUAGAAAAUUAGGUUAACAAUAUUUGUUACUGUUCUCUGCCUGUUUUUCAUCACUGCAACCAUGUAUUUUGAAGCAAAGUGUAUCCUCCCUAACCCCUAUAUUACUUUCAUUCUCUGGAAUUUUUUGUUGAAGCAUUGAAUGUAUGCUUCUCUCAACUGAAUUGUAUCAAACUGUGUGGGGAGCUCAGUAGUUGGUCAAGCUGUGAGUCAAUGUGUGGAACUAACUGCCUUCAAUACAACCCCUCAGAAUACAGGGUAGCCUAGUGGUUAGAGCGUUGGACUAGUAAGCGGAAGGUUGCAAGAUCAAACCCCCGAGCUGACAAGGUACAAAUCUGUCGUUCUGCCCCUGAACAGGCAGUUAACUCACUGUUCCUAGGCCGUCAUUGAAAAUAAGAAUUUGUUCUUAACUGACUUGCCUGGUAAAAUAAAGGUUACAAAAACAAAUUAAUAUAUUACCCAACAUUUUGUGGACUGUAAUCCUAAAAGAAUAAAUUAUUAGAAUAAAUUAUAACUGAAACAUUGCCAAAUAUUUCUCAAUCCCUUAUGACAAUCAAACUACUACUUUACUCAGUCAAUAUACCACGUUUUAGAAUUUUAAAACACAAUCAGACCUUUCAUUAUUUAUAUAUAUAUAUAUACACAAGUGAUCAUGGAUCACAGAGAUGUUGGGCACACGUGAUAACAUAGACCUAUAUUAUGCAGACUGUGUGGGGCUUACCUACCUGACACAGACUUUCCUGUUCUGCUUGUGCAUUCCUGCCUGACGUGACUGCAGUGGGUGUAGUCCAGAGACUUUGGCUGCUGGCGGCCAGGAAACAAUAUAGAUUUUAUUGUUAUAGAUUAUUCAAGCUCCAUCGUGAUGACAUAGUAAAUGUAGCAAGUGUGUGGAAGUAAUCCUGGAUAUAAAACACCGUGUUCCAAUCCAUAUCAGAUUAGCUCUAAAGUCAAAUGGUCACUUCAGUACAUUUUCCCUCCAGGGCAAAGUGAAAAAACCUAGAAGAGGCCAUGUUUUUUAAUAUUUAAUGUAUAAGAAAUUGUUUACAUUGUUAUUUAACCUUAACCUAUUCCCAUGUCUUAUUGGAAACAAUGAAAUCAAAUGAAGACUUUAGUACAUUGAGAAUGUACAUUAUCUGCUGUGGUGAAACAAAUGCACUGGGAGUAAAGAACUGUAUGCUGUGUCACAGUAUUUAACAUAAUUCCAGUUGUCAUUGUGAAUAGUUGAUCAAUGUAUCAGUCUUUAAAGGAGAAAAUAAAAUGUCUUAUUUAUGAA